AGUCCGCUUCCAUGCUAUGUACGUUGAGUUAUCGGUUUAUCAGUUUGUUGUGAACAACCAGUGGUGUAGCUGAAGAUUGGCCCCCCGCGACAAUUUUUGUGGGUCCUCGUAUUGUAAACAUAACGACAACUAUAACGACAAUAUUGUAUGUUCCGAAAGAAUUUUUUGUACCUUUUUGAAAGUAUCCUCAGUUGUUAAGAAUACAUAAUGUACAAGUUCAGUCGUCUGACUGUCAUACGUAAUGUACAAUACACAGGUUCAGUCGUCUGACAACUUUUGAAUUGAGUAGUGCUACGCUUUUAAAUUUCUCAAACGAAAAGUGAUUUCUUGAGUGUGCAUUACAACAAACUGUGUUUUUUAAAGAUUGUCAACGAGGCGAGAGAGUUAUUGACGAAUAUCAGCACAGCAGCCGUAUGAAUGCAGUUUUAGUCUACUCUGAACCAAAAUGGGAAUAAUAUUCAGUGCGAAAUGUACAUCUACCAAUAGGCUCGAUGGAAAAACAGCUAUUAUAACAGGAGCUAAUACUGGAAUAGGUAAAGAAACUGCCAAGGAUUUUUACGAGAGAGGUGCCAAAGUGAUACUAGCAUGUCGAAAUUUGGAAAAAGCCAAAGCAGCAGUAGCUGAUAUCCAAAAACAAUGUACAGUUAAAUCAAAUCUAGGCGAACUCAAAGUUGUAGAAUUAGAUUUAUGUAGUUUAGAAUCUGUUCGUAAGUGUGCAAAGGAGUUAUUAGAAUCAGAAGAACGAAUUAACUUAUUAAUCAAUAAUGCGGGGGUGAUGAUGUGUCCGUAUAGCAAAACUAAGGAUGGUUUUGAGACGCAAUUUGGUACCAACCAUUUGGCACAUUUUCUUUUUACUUUACUAUUAUUACCAAAAAUAUGCAAAAGCAUGCCAGCUAGAAUAGUUAAUGUAUCGUCUAUAGCACAUACAGCACCUUUUGGACCUAUGGACUUCACGGAUUUAAACUUUGAGAAAAGAAAAUAUAACCCUGUUCAUGCUUAUCAACAAAGUAAACUAGCAAAUAUUCUUUUUACCAAGGAAUUAGCCAGGAGACUGACAGAAAAGGACAUAACUGAUGUCCAUGUCUACUCCUUACAUCCCGGAGUUAUACGUACCGAACUUGGCCGACACUAUGAUUCCAUGUUUCCAGGACUAACCUGGGUGUACGACAAUAUCUUCGGACUUUUUAUUAAAACUCCAACUCAGGGUGCGCAAACACAAAUAUACUGCGCAGUAGACGACAAUUGCGCGAGUGAAACAGGACUGUACUAUGCGGAGUGCGCUGUAACGUCGUGUUCAAGGGAAGCGGAGAAUGCCGAAACUGCUCGAAAACUGUGGGACAUUAGCAUGGAACUUGUAGGACUUGAUAAAAAUGACGACAUAUUUAAAAUUGUUUAAUUGUAAACAAACACUUUUUUUUGUUUAAUUGUAUCUGUAAUUUAACCAUUUUGUGAUCAUCAUCAUUUUCAUCAUCAUCAACAGCUCUUGCUUCCCUUAGGUGUGUCCAUUCAUUUCUGUUUGCUGUUUUUUUGCAUCCAUCCGUGGCCAGACAUUCGCUUGAUGUCAUCAGUCCAUCUUUUUUGAGGUCUGCCUUUACUUCUUUUGCUUGCACUUGGUCGCCAUUCAAGAAUUCGCUUUCUACAACGGCUGUCUUCCAUUCUUCCUGUGCCCUGCCCAAUUCCAUUUUAACAUCGCAGUCUUUUGGAUCACAUCUGUUACUUUUAAUCAUCUUCUUAUCUUUUUAUUGGAUUUGCGAUCACUGAGCUUAAUAUUGAGCAUUCUCCGUUUCAUAGCUCUCUGAGUCACUUGAAGUUUGUGGACUACGCUGUUGUUAAAAGCCCAUGUUUCAGUUCCAUAUGUUACAAUCGACAAUACGUACUGAUCGAAGGUUUUUGCCUUGAUUGCCUUGAUUUUAUGAUAACUUUAUUUUAUGAUCCUUUUUAAAAAUUACUUAAUUUCUUACUGACACUGUAUUGUCAAUUUUAUCUCUGAGCAGGUUCUCUGGGUCUCUGGUAUGUGUACGUGAUUUAUGGAGUCCAAAUUUAGGCAACUCUUUUUCUUUUUAAGGCAUGUUUUUCCGUCGAAGACAGUGCCGGCGCUAGGGUAUAAGGUGCCCGCCUGCAAAACUAGCACUGGCGCCCCCCCCCCCACACACACAUACACACAGAUACUCAUACAACCCCAGUCUCAGGGAGAUUAUGUAUGUUCUAAUGGAACAGUGAAGUGAGACUGCGUAACCUAGUGGUACCUAUCUGACCGCCCAUAACCUGGAGUGGUAUCUAUCUGACCCUCAAGCUAUACCACCACCCCUCCCCAUCGCAGUAAAUAACGAAUGAAAAGGCUUUGUACUGAACGUUACCUUGGGUCCUUAGAUGUCCUGGGUAAUAGGACAUCCUGUGAAUUACCUUAUGUGGUUAUACCACCUGAUUUUAGAGGUAGAUAGAAGAGCUUUUCCCCGAUUAAUGGCUUGAUUUUGGACUUCUCUUCUAAGAAUGUGUGUUCCGGACAACGAGGCACCGACUAAAGUCGGUGUACCGCUAUCCGCAAAUAUCUACGGAAAAUAAAGUUUGGUUACAGUUUUAUUGGGCCCAUCAUCUGACAAAACAACUUCACUUUAACUUUUUUAAGAAAUUUGCUAAGAGAACUAAAA